GAUACGGGGUUGUCGAGAUGUUUCCACCGUAUUAGAGCGAAGAUGUACCUCUCGCUGGCGCCGUGCUAUCUAGAGACGCCGAUCGAGGGUCUGCGCCAGCAGCACCUUGAUCCGCUGAUAAUGUCGUACAACCCGACGGUCGAAGGGGUCAUCAUUACAUACAACAACGUGCGUCUGGCGAAGGAGAACAUCAAUAAUGAUACGGAGGACGGCAGCACGGAGUUCAAGUUCGUCGCUAAGGUGUCAGACGAGAACCCGUUCUCGUUUGUAUCGGCGGUGGUCGACUUUGUUGUCUGGAGACCGCGUGUCGGCGACGUGCUGGAGGGGUACAGCAUCAUGCAGUCACAGAGUCACAUUGGUCUGCUCAUCAACGACGUGUUCAGCGCAAGCAUCAAGAAGUUCUACAUCCCGGAGGACUGGUACUUUGUGCCUAACCAGGCCGACGAGACAAGCACGGACGAGAACAACUUCAAGCGGUUGGGUCAUUGGUGUGACUCAAACGAGGUGCCGGUUGGGGGCAAAAUCAAGUUCACGGUGCGUGGCAUCCACGUCAAUGGCAAGGGCCUGUCCAUCGAGGGCACGCUCCUUACGCCGGACAUGGAGAGAGACAGCCAGCCGGUGAUG